CGAGUGUGUGCGCCUGGUUCGCCGGCCUACGAACAGUGCAGCAUGAGCGACCCGUUGGGCAACACCGGUCAAUCGACGGUCCGGCUAAGCUACGAGCAGCUGCGGGAUACGCUCGGUCGCUUCGCCUACUUCCGGCACUGGACCGAAGAUCAGAUCCGUGAGUGCAGCGUCCUCGCCCGGGUGGUACAGUACGCACCGCAGCAGACGAUACCGCUCGAGCUGCCGCUCCCGUUCGCUUACCUCGUGCUGAGCGGCCAGUGCAUGAUGCUCCAGUGUUUGCCGCUGGUGCGCGGAACGCUUCGUCUGGCCAGUCCGGCGGGCGACCGGGACCAACCCACACCGCCCGCCUCCAUGGGGCCUCCGGCACCAGACGAGCAGCUCGAGACGGUGCGCCAUGUGCACGAAACGUUUACGGCGGGCGCGGCCACCAGCCCACCAACCGGAACGCUUCGCCACGAUCCAGCCAAUGCGACGUGCUUUCUUACGACACCUACCCAGGACGCACCGAUCGUGCAUCAGUUUGUGGACGUCGGGACGCUGCGGUGCGGGGCCGUGUUUGGGCUGGGCGAGCGGCACCAGCAACGCACGAUCGUGGCCCGCACCCGCACCCAGUGUCUGCUGCUGCCCCGCUGCUGGCUCUUCCUGAAGCGCCAGAACGUGGGCAACACGUGGCAGCGGCUGCGCCUCUACCUCGACGGUGCGAUACCGGGGCGGGACGAGCUGUACCGGCGGUACCUGCGCGACCAGGCCUGGCUCGACUAUCGGCGGCGGCUGCUCGCCGGCGGCACAGCCAAACGGUGCACCGGAACGACGCCGGCGGACGUACCGAUGAUGUGCCGAAUGCUGGAGCCAGUCUGCAAAGGGAAACGAUACUAAGCAGUUUUUGGGAACGCGGGGACACAGGACGCCGAAACCGACGACCGCGACCGCUCAUGUUACUUGCUCCGUGUGCACAGAUUUCACCCUUUAUACGCCCAGCAGAAAGUGGCUAAAGUUUUGCACCCGCGCCAGCGAUCCUGUCUUCCACAGGCCUCAGCAACAGCAGCAGCAGCAAAAAAAAAGGAGAAGCAACUCAAAGUUUCGCAGGCCCCUUUGUCGGGUUGUCGCGAAAGUUUGCUGUUGCGGAGUUUUGUGGGGAUGAGCGCAACAAUAAA